AAACCAAUAUUUGAUUAUUGAACUUAAGCAAUAUGAAUAGUUUUCUGAUAUAAUAAUUUCUCAGCCGAAUAAAUCUAAUGUGUAAAUUUUCGGGUUCGUGGAACUCCAUAGCGUGACUAUCAAAACAACAAAUAACUUCCAUAAACCAUCUUCGCCAAUCUAUCCAUUUUAUGUCUCCAAACAUUUCCCUAAUAAUUCGCAUAAGUCAUGGUUUGACGUCACCAAUCACCUGAUAAGGUUUUAUUCGAUCGCACGAAUUCGUGUUCCAAUAGCCAAAAGUAGGAGCCCUUCAGUCAGUUUAUUUCGGAACGUGGCGCGGCCAGGUUACCGCCUGCAGUAGAUAAUAACUCGACGAGCGAUAUAAACCGUACUGUAGCCAUGGUGACACGAAGACUAGCGUCACAGCCGAUAAGCAAAAUAGUGUAGCGUUUAGGCUGUGAGAGAAACAGUUGCGGAUGUUACUUCUAGAUCCAAACCCUAAGAUGUUAUGGUGGAAACAGCUCGAAUGCAUCCAAGACAACGUCAUGAUGAUCCAACGAGAGGAAGAACGUAGACGACAGUACAUAAAUAACACAACAGUCACUUUCACGUUGCCCACCAGAGAUCCUGUGUUACAAGAUAAUUUUCUAAUAGCUAAUUUAGAACAAGUGAAAUCGUUACAAGCUUCAUUAUUUCCUAUCUAUACCAAAGGGACGUUUAUUUCGAACUUUCUGCAAAAUAACAUCAAGACCAACCAGUUAGAAAUCAAUACAGAUAUAAGAACAUUUCGUACGACAGCAAAGUUAAAAGAGCCCCGUGAUUUGUUUGCAUUACCCAAAGAACUCGACUGCCCCCAACAAGCACCAAGAUGGCCUUCAGAGUGUCAAGUGGUGGAAGAAAGGAUACAGCACAUAAGCUGGAAUCCUGCUUCUCCAGAGCCAUACUACAUUCAGACAGGAAAAGAACUUAGGCCUCAACCAGUGGGCGAGGAAGCUGGCACAGUAAUAUUUCAAUACUACCCAAUGAGUGCUGUCAACUACUUCAGUCGGUCAACUGUCGGGGGAUCAAGAUUAUUUCUAUCAGCGUGUGCCAGCGCAAGUCCCACUGCUGGAAGCGAGGACGAAUUGCGCUUCGAAUCUCGUUUCGAAAGUGGAAACCUAGCCAAAGCAAUACGGAUAACAUCAGCCUAUUAUGAACUACAUCUAAGAACGGACUUGUAUACAAAUAGGCAUAUGCAAUGGUUUUACUUUCGAGUUACUAACACGAAAAAACAAAUGAUGUAUAGGUUUUCAAUUGUAAAUUUGUCAAAGGCGGAAAGCUUAUACAAUGAAGGAAUGCGACCUCUGCUAUAUUCGACCAAGGACGCUCAAUUACAUUCAAUUGGAUGGAGAAGAUGCGGUGAUAACAUCGCAUAUUACAAAAACGAUUCAACGUCUGAAGAAGAGGAGCAAUUUCCAAGCUAUACUUUGACAUUCAAUAUAGAAUUUCCUCAUACGGACGAUGCUGUUUACAUCGCGCACUGCUACCCUUACACGUACUCAGAUUUGCAAGAAUACCUAUCGAGACUUCAGGCACAUCCCGUCAAAUCAACGUAUUCUAAGCUUAGACUUCUUUGUCGAACGCUAGCCGGUAAUAAUGUUUACUACCUAACUAUUACUGCUCCGCCAAAUCCCAAUGAAUUAGAACAAAAGAAAAAGAAAGCUGUCAUAAUAACAGCAAGGGUGCACCCUGGAGAGACGCCUUCCUCCUGGAUGAUGAAAGGCUUCAUGGACUAUUUGACAGGAGAUUCUAAUCAAGCACGAGAAUUACGGGAAAAGUUCAUAUUCAAACUGGUUCCAAUGUUGAACCCGGAUGGUGUUAUUGUUGGAAACAACCGUUGUUCGUUGACAGGAAAAGACCUAAAUAGACAAUAUCGCACUGUAAUAAGGGAAACAUAUCCUCCUGUAUGGCACACUAAAGUUAUGAUUCGAAGAUUGCAGGAAGAAUGUGGAGUUGCUAUGUACAUAGAUUUACACGCACAUUCGCGAAAACAUAAUGUGUUCAUUUAUGGUUGCGAAAGCAGAAGAAAUUCUGAUAAACGUUUACAGGAACAAGUGUUCCCUCUGAUGCUACAUAAAAAUGCAGCUGACAAGUUCUCUUUUGAAAACUGCAAAUUCCGAAUACAACGGAGCAAAGAAGGCACAGGACGGGUAGUCGUUUGGAUGCUGGGAGUUGCCAAUAGUUACACCAUGGAAGCAUCUUUUGGAGGAUCAGAGUUGGGCAGUAGAAUGUCGACACACUUCUCCGUGCAAGACUAUGAGAGCUUGGGCAAAACAUUUUGUGAAACUCUGUUAGAUUUCUAUGACGAAGAUCCUGGCAAAGAGAGGCUCCGAACGAAAAUUGUGACUAGACUCCUGAAGGAAGGAUCCAAUGCUGAUGAGCCCACAAAUAUUGAUUUAUCAGAUUAUUCAAGUGACGAAGGAGAUACAUCAAGUAGUAGUUCAGAAGCUGGAGCCACUAGAGAGCCAGUGGACGUUGCUCAGCCAGCACCACCGCCUUCACCAUUAUUUCCCGAUAUUAAUAGAAAUAUUGCAGGGACACCAAGAAGACCUCGUCCAAGACUAGAAAAAAUCAAAAGAAUAGAAAAGAGAAAUCCGAAAAGAGAAACAUUACAGGUUUCAAGGGCUACAAUAGACUUGACUUCAGAUGCAAUGACUGAUGGAUCAUCCGAUGGAGAAUCAGAAGAGAACCUGAGCCCAAUUAGAAGAGUACAUAAAUUACUGCAUUCUACAGAAAAACCCAAACCAAGGAGAAAAAAGAAAAUGCCACCUGAAUUGAAAAUAAUACCUGCACCGACAAGCGACGAACCGUAUCAUUCAGAUCGUGAAAAGAAAAUCCCAAAAAGUUCAAGACCUCGAAGCGUAUCCAUGUUUAACGAAACGACAGAGAAACCCAAACUAAAUCCUGCAUCUUGGCAUCGUUUUAGAUGCCUUCCUCCGCCAAAGCAUUUAUCAGACAUUAAAAGCAGAAACACUCAACCAUCAGAAUUGCAAGUAAAACUAAAUUCAUUAAAACGGAAUAUAUGGACUGGACUGCAGACGGAAGAGAAAGGGCCCUUAUCAUGGGGCAUUUCUAGUUUUGCAAUGAAUUCUUAUUUCACUGAUAGUGAAUCUUUGCUCAGGUCCUGUUCCAAAAAAUUAGAAGAACUAGAAGGUGAAAAGAAAAAAAGCAAAGAAGAGAAGAAAAAGAAGAAAUCUAAGACCAAGAAGAUACCAUUAAAAGUGCCAAAUACUGUUGAAGAUAUUUUAGAGCCCUUAAGUAAAUUGCCAAAGACAUUGAAAAAGAAAGGAAAAUUAAAACAUUCAAAAUCAGAAAAUUCCCAAUACAUGCAUAAUCCAAGCUUUACUGACAUACCAAAAAAUACAAAUGUACAGAAAACCAGUCCUACAGAUACAAGACAAUCCAAAAGCCGCUUCAGAAAAAGUGCAUUUGUAACAACAGCGAUACAAACGAAGAAAAGUACAAAAACAAACCGCCAGGUGAUAUCGGACAACACAGACUCAGAUGACUCAGUACAAUCAAUAAAAAAAGCAAAAAAGAAAACUAAGAGCACAAAACCAAAGCUACACAAAGCUGCCUCUGAAAGUAAAUUUAAGACGUAAUGUAUGUGUAAAUGCCAACAUAAAAUAUAUUUAAAACUUUUACUGAUAACCCCAGAAGAGACUUGCCUUACUUAAAAAUAGAUGUUCUUAUUACUGUGCACAGUCUUUCCAGUAUAUUGUAUAAUGAUAAUGAGACAAUUUAUGUAUAUAAAUAGUUAUCUAUGUAUACUUAUAGACCUAAGUAUAGUGAUGUAUAAUGUGCAAAAUUUUGUUAAUGGGUUGCAGUACAUUGCAUUACAUAUCAAAAAUUAACUGUGUUAAAUACAUGAUCGUCCAGAUAACUAUAUAUUAUUUAAAAACAUGAAUAUAAUAAAGUUUUAAACUGA